AUGGACAUACGGACUUUCAUCUCGGACAACUUGAUCAAGCUGGUGGGCGGGUCCGAGAACAUGAUCGUUGACUUUGUCCAGCAGACAGCCAGCUCGGUCAAGAACCCAGACCAGCUUCACGACAAGCUGCAGGCCAUGAUCGAUGCCGACGACAAGGACUUGCGCACUUUCAGUCACCAGCUUUUCCAACGCCUACCAAAGUCCGACAAGUUUUCCACCUCGUCACGACCAAAAGAUGUCUCGGCCAAGGACUCAAAGAAGCGCUAUGCCCUGCUCGAUAUGAACGUUNNGAAGACGAACAGCCUGUAUCUGCUCCACCACCCACCACUCGCCGCCGCGACCGCACAGAAGACAAGAAAGAUCGCCACGACCGCCACGACCGUCGCGACCGACAUACAAAACGUUUGCGCCAACGAGACAAUGGCGAUUUCGACGAUCGCUGGGGCGAUGAAGAGUACGAAGAGGAAGACGAGGAAGAAGAGGACCAGCCUGGGCCAUCAGCCUCGAAGCGUGCAAGACUGGAGGAUGGAUCCGCCUCUCCUCGUCGUCGUUCUGCUUCGCCAGAAGAAGACCCAGAANGAACGUGACCGCAAGGAGCGCAUCGCUUUCGAGAAACGUCUGAAAGAGAGGGAUGAACGUGGCACUAAGAAGAUUGUCGAGGACCGCUCCAAGCAUGAUUCGGCAUCUCGACGUGCCUUGGCCGACGACCCCAAUCAGAGAAAGGCACAACUCGAGGAUAUCAGGUUACGCUCCCGUCAGGAAUAUCUCAANAAGAGAGAGGCUCAAGAACUCGCCCUGCUCCGCAAGCAAGUCGCUGAGGAACAGAUGGAACUUCGUGAGAACCCCUUACUUACAGCUCAGGAGAAGGCCGAAUUCGAGAAGAACAAGAGAACUCUGGAAAUUGCAGAAGAGCGUCUGCGUAUCGACGACCAUCUCGAGGGUUACGCUCUUCCAGAUGACUACAUAACAGAGAAAGGCAAGAUAAGCCGAAAAGCAAAGUCGGAUGCAUUGAACAGUCGUCACGUCGACCGAGACGAGUAUGGAAGAGAACGCUUUGUCACAGAACACGAAGAAUGGGAAAACGAACAGCUCGCCAAAACGAAGGCUCAAAUCAUGGUCUCUGAGCGUGUCAACGAAGCCGACUACGAAUAUGUCUUUGAUCAGGAUCAGCAAAUCCAAUGGAUGACUGACCGUGUCAUGUCUGGAAGCAUGCAACAACAGACGCAGGAGGAACGUCAGCUCGCUCAACAACUCGUCGCCGCAGAAAGAAAGGCAAAGACUAUCGAAGAGAAGCGAAAGACUUUGCCCGUGUACACGUACCGAAACGAGUUCCUGGCUGCUGUCGACAAAUACCAAGUCUUGAUUGUUGUCGGAGAGACUGGUUCUGGAAAGACUACGCAGCUGCCACAAUAUCUUCAUGAACAUGGUAUGACCAAGGACGGCAAGAUGGUAGGAUGUACACAACCCCGUAGAGUCGCUGCCAUGUCGGUUGCUACUCGUGUGGCAGAAGAAAUGGGCGUCAAGGUUGGUAACGAGGUCGGAUACUCUAUCCGAUUUGAGGAUGCAACCAGCGAUAAAACCAUUCUCAAGUACAUGACUGAUGGUAUGUUGUUGCGCGAGUUCCUGACAGAGCCCGAUCUCGGCAAAUAUUCUGCUUUGAUGAUUGACGAAGCUCACGAACGUACAUUGCAUACCGAUAUCUUGUUUGGUCUCAUCAAAGACAUUGCGCGUGGAAGACCAGAUCUGAAGAUUCUCAUUUCAUCUGCCACUCUGGAUGCACAGAAAUUCUCAUCAUACUUUGACGACGCUCCGAUUAUGAAUAUUCCCGGAAGAACUUUCGACGUGGAGAUGAACUACAGCAUGCAACCGGAGGCCAACUACCUAUCAGCUGCUAUUACAACGGUCUUCCAGAUCCAUUUGUCUCAACCUAUGCCUGGCGACAUUCUGGUUUUCUUGACUGGACAAGACGAAAUUGAGCAAGCGAACGAGUCUUUGCAAGAAACCGCUCGGAAACUUGGAGCUGCCGCUGGCGAGUUGAUGAUAUGUCCUAUCUACGCAAACUUGCCUACAGAUAUGCAAAACCGAAUCUUUGAGCCAACGCCACCAAAAGUCCGCAAGGUUGUCCUAGCCACCAACAUUGCCGAGACGAGUUUGACUAUUGACAAUAUCGUCUAUGUCAUUGAUCCUGGCUAUGUCAAGGAGAACAGAUAUACUCCAGCCACCAACAUGGAAAGUCUUGUCGCAGUGCCGAUUUCUCGUGCUUCUGCGAAUCAGCGAGCGGGUAGAGCUGGUCGUACAGGUCCUGGUAAAUGCUUCCGUCUGUACACUAAAUGGGCUUUCUACAACGACCUGCCAGAAUCGACCACGCCUGAAAUUCAGAGGACCAAUCUAACAAGUGUGGUCUUGCUUUUGAAGUCACUGGGUAUCAACGACUUGCUCAACUUUGAAUUCCUGGAUCCGCCAUCUCCCGACAUGCUCAUUCGCUCGCUGGAACAAUUAUACGCUCUGGGUGCCUUAAACGAUAAAGGCGAGCUCACACGAGUGGGUCGUCAAAUGGCCGAAUUCCCAACAGACCCUCUUCUCGCAAAAGCAAUCCUCGCCGCCGACAAGGAAGGCUGCGUGGAAGAAGUGCUCUCCAUCGUCUCCAUGCUCGGCGAAGCAAGCGCCCUCUUCUACCGCCCAAAAGACAAGAAAACCCAAGCCGAUACCACCAGAGAACGCUUCACCAUCAAAGACGGCGGCGACCACCUUACCUACCUCAACAUUUGGAACCAAUGGGUCGACUCGGACUUUUCCCAAGUCUGGGCCAAGGAAAACUUNUUGCAGCAACGCAGUCUCACCCGCGCAAGAGAUGUACGCGAUCAAUUGGCCAAACUGUGUGAUCGCGUCGAAGUCACUGUAUCUUCCUGCGGCGCCACAAACAUCCCUCCAAUCCUCAAAGCACUCACUGCAGGUUUCUUCCCCAAUGCGGCUCGCAUACAGAGGGGAGGAGACAGUUAUCGCACCGUCAAGAACAAUCAAACCACUUGGCUGCAUCCGUCUUCCGUGCUUGCCGCCACGGGGAACCGUCCCAAAUGGACUAUUUAUCAUGAACUUGUGCUUACGAGUAAAGAGUUUAUGCGGUCGUGUUUUCCGUUGCAGCCAGAGUGGCUUUCGGAGGUUGCGCCGCAUUAUUACAAACCAAAGGAUGUGGAGGCUUUGGGGGUGGAUAGGAGGAUGCCAAAGGGUCAAGGUGCUGCUGCGAGUCGCCUGUAG